AUGUCUUUCUCCUGCGCCUCUACACCCAUUUUUUUCUCUGAACAAAUCGGUGAACAUUUAUCGUUCACCUAUACUGACCGUGAAGCUGCAUUGAAUUUUCCCAGUCACGAGGGCGCCAAUGUACCCUCAGCUUCAUCACAACACCCUGCCGCUCCUUUUGGUAUUGACACCUCGCCGACCAUCCCUCCGCGCCGUCACAGCGCCCGUCAUCGCGAGCCUGGACAUAUCCCGCGCCCACGCAACGCGUUCAUCUUCUUCCGCUCAUGGUACGUAGAUAGCAUGCGCGCAUCCAAGGAGGUCCAGCAACACGAGCUCAGCAAGCAAGCCGGAAAAGUAUGGAAGAACAUGUCCGACGAGGAGAAGAAACCGUUCUUGCGUUUUGCCGCAAUCGAGAAGCAGGAGCACUAUGCCAUGUACCCAGACUACGUCUACUCCCCCAGCGCGAAAGUUGGUGCGAAAUCUGCUGCCGUUAAAUCGAGAGGUUCAUACGAGUUCUCUGCAUAUGACGUAUCUCGUAUGGCUUCGCCGUCAGACACGAUGGAUAUUUCAUUUUCAAUUGCUUCUUGGUAUCAUACCGAAGAGGAGGAAUUCCACAACAUCAAACAAGAGGCACCUUCUCCAUUCCACGCCCAUCUCGACUACGUCCCUAGCCAGGCCGCCUAUCUACAACACGCCCAUGAUCUUGUUCCUUCAUACAUACCGACCCUUCCUUGCACUUCAGACGGAUUGUUCAGCCAGAGUCCAGAAAUUAUGCAAUUCGGCAUAUCAGCUUCCUUCUCUAGCCAACGUACAGAUGCUGGCCACCCGACUGCAUCUUCUUUGACUUGCGAUAAUCCUUACCCCAGUGCCGACUAUCUGGCACUAAUGAAACACACGAUGUCAGAGCGAAAGCUUGAAGGAAACAAUUUGAUGCAGCAGUAUAUAGACGAGGUGCUCGCUGAGACAGCUGCGAACUUUGUUGGGAAAGAUGACGCUUAG